UAGACCAGCUCGGUCGUUUCCAUUGUAACAUUAGACAGGAACAGGAGGCAGAUCAAUUUGCUUCGGGUUGUAUUCCGCGUUAAACUGGUUUGUAUUCACCCUCAUAGAGUGUAAGUGAAAUGGCAAACCGAAACCUCAAACAUGUAAACAUUCAGAACAGCUCUCCAUCCCCGAAGCCCCAAAAUCCCACUCGCAGCACGGACUCUCCGUCCACCGAGCGCCCGCAGAAGAUGGAGGGAGCGACGCCAUCGCCGAAAGUCACAAGCCCUCAGCCAGAGCCAGAAGGUAGCAGCGAGCCUCGGGAAAUGACUUUGGACCUGAAGAGCUUCAGGAAACCGGGAGAGAAAACGUUUACGCAGAGGUGCAGACUGUUUGUGGGCAAUCUUCCGACUGAUAUUACCGAGGAUGACUUCCGAAAGCUGUUCGCCAAAUACGGCGAGGCCAACGAGGUGUUCAUUAACCGGGACCGAGGAUUCGGGUUCAUUCGCCUGGAAACAAGGACAUUAGCAGAGAUUGCAAAAGCAGAGCUGGAUGGGACAGUGCUGAGGAACAGGCCAAUUCGUAUCCGCUUUGCCACACAUGGAGCUGCCCUCACAGUUCGCAACCUUUCACCAGUUGUUACCAAUGAGCUUCUGGAGCAGGCAUUUUCACAGUUUGGACCAGUGGAGAGGGCAGUUGUGGUAGUAGAUGAUCGUGGCAGACCUACAGGUAAAGGUAUUUUGGAGUUUGCCAAUAAGCCUGCUGCCCGAAAGGCUCUUGACCGUUGUGCUGAUGGAGCUCUUUUACUGACUACGUCUCCACGGCCAGUUAUUGUUGAACCAACGGAGCAGUUUGAUGAUGAAGAUGGUCUUUCAGAAAAACUAUUGCAAAAGACAGCACAAUAUCAUAAGGAACGAGAGCAGCCUCCACGCUUUGCCCAGCCAGGCACCUUUGAAUUUGAGUACUCUUCACGUUGGAAGGCGCUCGAUGAGAUGGAGAAACAGCAACGUGGUCAAGUGAGCAGGAAUAUCCAAGAGGCUAAGGAGAAACUGGAAGCUGAGAUGGAGACUGCAAAACAUGAGCACCAGCUCAUGAUGAUGAGACAAGAUCUUAUGCGUCGUCAAGAAGAGUUGCGGCGACUGGAGGAACUGAGAAACCAGGAGCUGCAGAAGCGCAAACAGAUGGAGAUGAGGCACGAGGAAGAGAGGCGGAGACGCGAAGAGGAAAUGAUGCGCCACAGGGACCCAGAUGACAUGAGACGACAGCCCGAUGCUUUUAAACCUGCUUUUAUGGAUAGCAGAGAACAGGAUAUGAGAAUGAGUGAAAUGGGUGCCCGUGGAGCCGUUAAUAUGGGAGAUGCUUUUAAUCCUGCCGCUGCUGUUAGCGGUAACCAAGGCCCUGCCCAAAUGAUGGGUAUGGGCAUGUCAGGCCGGGGUGGAGCCAUGGGGCCAGAGGGAUCAGCAAAUAUGGGGGCACCCCUCAUUCAAGAUAACGGAAAUAUGCGUAAUGAAAGAUUUUCUCAGGGAGCGCCUGCUCAGAUGGGUUCUUCAAUGGGUAUUCGACCAGGUGUUGAAUCCCCCCAGCAACAACAGUCACCUGUGAUUGGUGGUGCAGGACCUGUGCCUCCAAUGGGUGGUCCAGGUGGAUUUGGGCGAGGAAGUCCUGUUGGGGGAAACUUUGACGGGCCCAACAGCAAGCGCCGUAGAUACUAGGCUUUUGUUUUCUUUCGUAAUAGUGAAUUUUAAUCUUUGACCCAGAACAUCUAACCUCUUGUUUCUGAAUAUUCAUUUAAUGUUCUUCUCAGUGGUGCUGCUCUUAGACAACCAUUCGUGUUGACUUUUGUCUCGAGUCUUUGAGGCAUAGCAUAAACUAGUUUUGAUCAUGGAAAUGAAAACAACACUGUUUUGAGACUGACAUUGCCUUAACUGUGCAUAUACCAUAGUAAAGUCCGAUUCUUGUCAAAUAGAGUUUCUGAGGGAAGUGUCUGAAUAAAUUUGCUUGAAUAAAUGCCUUUGCUAAGCUAAUGUAUAGGUCAAUUAUGGCUAUAUUUUACGGUUUACCUGAUUAUAUGGAACUUUAUUAUUUGAUAUGCAGUUUGUUUGUUUUUUUUGCCUACUCAGAACCUUUUAUUUGACAAGACAUGUUGGAACCUCUUUUGAGGGUUUCUGGCUUCUGUAUGUGCACAAGGCAAGUGGUAAAAUAUACGAUAAGGUGAGAUCAAGAAAUGGAACAAAAUGAGAAUCUGAGUUUGCAAAAAGUUCAUUUGAGCUAUUGUUACUUUUCUGUGGAAGCAAAGCAACAUCACCUAUACAUGAAUUAUUGAGCGUCUUGUAUACAGCAUGCUUUAAACAGGAACGUGCCCUUUUCCAAUCAUGAGGUUCUAAGAAUCUGUUGCCUAUAACAUCUUUAACUUUCAUGCUAUUAGAUAAAUGUUUUACUUUAGUUGUUGGGAAAGAGCAUGUUGCUUGGGACAUCCUCUUUGUACAACAUCUGAUUUACAGUGAUUGUUUUUUAGACUACUACAUGUAGAAUGGAUAGUAAUAGUAGUGUAUGUCAUGUAGAAUGUGCAUGCCAUUUAGCAGCCAUUUUUGUUUUAGCGAA